CCAGCCAUAACAUAUCGAGGCAAGAAAUCCAAACUUGUCCAUUUCACCGACCAGUUUAAGAGGAACUUUCAGCUGAAUAGGUUCGGUUCUCUCUUCUCCAUCAUCGCAAUCGCAUUAAACCUUUUUUCAGAUUGUUGUUUAUGUAAAUUUUGUUAACUUUGAUUAAAGAAACUUUUGACCGCAAUAAAAAUUAUGGCUUGUGACAAAUUCUUAACUCUCAACAAUGGUAUUAAAAUGCCAGCACUUGGAAUCGGUACUUGGCAGGCACCCGAAAAUGAAGUCGAAGAAGCACUUAAUUUAGCCCUUGAAGCAGGAUAUCGCCAUAUUGACUGCGCACCCGUUUACUUAAAUGAAAAAGUUAUCGGAAGAGUUCUUAAAUCAUGGAUUGAUUCCGGAAAACUCACCCGAGAAGAAUUAUUCAUCACCACCAAGUUACCACCCCCAGCUCUCAAAGCUGAGGUAGUGGAACACGUUCUAAAAAAUUCACUGGCAGAUCUUCAACUCUCAUAUGUUGAUUUAUAUUUGGUUCAUGUACCUUUUGGAAUUAUGUUCGAUGCGGCAAAAAGUGAAUUUGUUAGAGAUGAAAAUGGUGUUGUUAUGGAUUUGACCACUGACCAUUUAGCCAUUUGGAAGAGCAUGGAAGCAGUAUUAGAAAAAGGACUUACCAAAUCAAUUGGCCUCUCGAACUUUAACAAGAAUCAAAUUCAACGAAUACUAGAUAACUGUAAGGUUCCACCAGCUAACCUUCAGAUUGAACACCACGUAUACUUGCAACAGAAGGAUCUAAUUGAAUUUUGUAAAUCAAAUGGAAUAACCGUAACGGCAUACGCACCAUUGGGAUCCAAAGGAAUUGCUAAUAUAAAUAAAGCCGCAGGAGUUGACCGAGAGCUCCCUGAUCUAAUGGAUAUUGAAGAAGUUAAGGAUAUCGCUUCUGCCCAUGACAAGACUCCUGCUCAGGUCCUUCUUAGAUGGAUCAUUGAACGUGGAAUAUCAGCAAUACCAAAAAGUACCAAUCCAGGUCGUUUAAGGCAAAAUUUGGAUAUUUUCGAUUUUUCACUCAGCGAAGAGGAACUUGAUAAGUUGAAUGCUUUAGAUUCUAAUAUUCGUGUUUGCGAUUUCAGCUUUUUCAAGGGAAUUGAAAGGCAUCCAGAAUUUCCCUUUACAUCUUAAUUAUUAAAAAGAAUACUCAAAUGAAUUAUAUUUAUGUAACCCAUCACAACAUUAAACUAAAUAAAUAAUUUCAACACGUUUAUUGGCUUAAAUUGUUCGAAUCGA